ACCAACAUUUGUAAAUAUAUAACAUCAUCAUUUAAAUAUGGGAACCCGUAUAACGGUGGAUAAGAAAAAACGAUAUCUAUCGGAGUCGUCACAACCGGUAGACAUACCGUCACUUGUGAUUAGCGAAUCGCCAGAUUUCGAUGAAAACAAGGAACGGGGCAACUGGUCAAAUGGCAUGGAGUUCCUACUGUCCUGUCUAUCAUACGCUGUAGGACUGGGAAACGUUUGGCGAUUUCCAUAUCUAGUCUAUAGAAAUGGUGGAGGUGCAUUUUUCAUUCCCUAUACCGUAAUGUUGGUAUUUGUCGGAAUACCCCUCUUUCUACUUGAGCUCGGUUUUGGCCAGUACGCCAGCGAAGGUCCCAUUACCAUCUGGAAAGUGUCGCCAAUGUUUCAGGGCCUCGGAUAUGCCAUGUUUCUCAUGUCAGGCCUGGUGUCCAUCUACUACAACAUGAUCCUGGCCUGGGGUCUGUUCUAUCUGGUCAGUUCGUUUACCACAACGCUUCCGUGGAAAUCAUGCGACAACUUCUGGAACACCGAUGCCUGUCGUCGAUUCGACGCCAAGAACUGUACGUCACAUAACGGAACAAUGUUGGCCAACAGCACGUGUAUCGCCCGCGACUGUUACUUCGCUAACGGAACGAACGUCAUCGACCAGCACUGGAAUCCGGCAAAGCUCAACACGACUGUCCUCAAUGCCACCUGCACCAUUGAUGACCCCGAAUGGACAGUACUGAAGCUCCAGAAUACGAAAAUGGCCAGCGAUGAGUACUUCCACAAUUUUGUUUUGGGUAUCACUGAAGGCAUCCAUGACUUAGGAGGGAUGCGUCUGGAGCUGGCUCUGUGUCUGUUUGUCUGUUGGCUUAUUGUCUUUGUAUGUCUGGUCAGAGGUGUCAAAAGUAUGGGCAAAGUUGUCUACUUUACGGCACUGUUCCCAUACUUUGUUUUGCUAAUAUUGCUGGUCCGAGGCCUGACACUGCCCGGUGCUGCCGAAGGCAUCAGAUACUAUUUGACACCCGAAUGGUAUCGGCUCACCGAAGCCCAAGUCUGGGCGGACGCAGCGAUGCAGAUAUUUUUCUCACUGUCCCCCUGUUGGGGUGGUCUGAUUACCCUGGCCAGUUACAAUCGCUUCCAUAACAAUUUCUAUCGGGACACCUUUUUCAUAUCGAUUGGCAAUUGCGGUACCAGUAUUUUUGCCGGUUUUGUCAUAUUCAGUAUCAUUGGAUUUAUGGCACACGAAAUGGGUGUCGACGUCAAUCAAGUGGCCACACAAGGUGCUGGCCUGGCGUUUGUAGUCUAUCCGGAAGCCGUGUCCCGUUUACCAAUAUCGCCGCUCUGGUCGUUCCUGUUUUUCUUUAUGUUGCUUACAUUGGGUUUGGGCACCCAGUUUACCCUAAUCGAAACGGUAGUCACCACCAUUGUAGAUACUUGGCCCGAUAAGUUUCGUCACCGCAAACCAUUGGUGUUGGCCGCGACCUGUGGCUUUAUGUUUCUGGUCGGACUAUUGAUAUGCACCAAGGCUGGCAUGUAUAUACUGCAACUUAUGGACAAUCACUGUGCCAGUUUUUCGGCUCUAAUAAUCGGUUUGGUCGAAGUUGUCGUUAUUGGAUGGGUUUACGGUAUCGACCGUUUUCUCGAUGACAUGAAAGUCAUGUUAGGCCACUAUCCCUUUCAUCGGCUCUAUUGGCGUACAAUUUGGAAAUAUAUCUGUCCAUCACUUAUUAUUUUCAUACUGAUCUUCUCGUUUAUUGACCUGAAACCGGCCAGUUAUGGUGACUAUGUCUAUCCGUGGUGGGCAUCAUUGAUCGGAUGGGGUCUAUCAAUCCUAUCGGUAUCUGCCAUACCAAUUGUAGCCAUCCAGAAGCUAUUGAAUCUGAAGGGACCCAUACUUCAUAGAUUAGAAGUUUUGAUGAGUCCUACAGCCGAUUGGGGUCCUAAACUACAAUUGCAUCGCAUGGAAACACACAGUCCAAAACAUACCGACAGUCAAGUGCCGCUCCGUUACGAUCUCGACAACGAUAGUAACGACUCGGACGACCUGAAGAUCAUCGGCAAAGACAACUAUAUAUUGGCCGACGAGCCAAGCGAUAGUGAUACCGGUUUACGGUUAAAGAUUCCUAUAUAUUACAGUGAAACAGGACUUUAGUAUCAAUAAUGUUGUAGUAGUAGUAGUACCGGUGCACCAUUAACACCAUACACCUACACAUACAUUUACACACACUUACGUAUACAUUUACGUAUAUAACCACACAUACACACCCACGCAAACAAGACAACAAAACAAAUUGAAUACUACUAUAUAUAGACACAAAAUAAACAUUACAAUACCGGUGUUCAUACCUAGAUCAAUUAUUAUUAUUCUUAUCAUUUUUGUAUCGAUAAAAUCAUACGUACAUCUAUAGUAUUAUAAUAUAAUU